AUCAGAUCUUCAGGGUUCGACCAUGAGUUUAGGGGCGCUCCAAGGCAGCAAUUCUCUAGGCACUCAGCUCGUUUAACAGCUAAUGCGCCACCACAGUUUUCUGGACCCAGGGUUGAUAGAUUUGCUCUCUUGAGGCCAGUUCAGAGUUUUAGAGUUCCUAAUUCCCAGAACAAGGGUGAUUCAAGCCAGAUGAGAUUACCUUUACCACGGUGUACUCGGUGUGGAAAGUUAUAUUCUGGACCGUGCCGCUUGGGUUUGAAUGUUUGUUAUGCUUGCGCUCGGCCAAGCCAUUUCAGGUGCGACUGUCCAUGGAUAUGUAGUAGAGAUAAGGUUCGGCCUAUAGGAUUGGCAGCUGGCUCUUCAUCAUCGAUACACGCUUCUAGGAAAAGACCGCAGGUAUUAACAGGCUGUGAUAGAGACCGAGGAGGAACGCCCAGUCCGAGUGGAUCCCAGCAUCAUACCUAUGCAUUAGCUGGGCGACAGGAUCUUGAGUCUCUCUGUGAUAUUGUUCCAGAAUUCCAAGUUGGAUAUACUUCCGUCUCUCAUGGCUAAUAGUCGUUAUCAGGACUGCUUAGAGUCUACAGGGUGAGCACGAUACGUCCAGUGCCUUGAAGACUCCUCUUAUUUAUGUCUUACUUUCCAUUAUGAUACAUAUUUAGACUUGAUGUAUUAUUAUAUUCCAGACUUGUAUAUUUCUAGCUAGAUGCUCUUGUAUGGAUUAGACCAGACUCUGGGGCGUAUUUUCAUAUUUCUGCACUUGUUCUGUAUUAUUAUCGUCAGACUUACGUGAUUUAUUCUCUUCCAUUUAUUU